CGUCCCGAUGACUCGGGAAUCUUGUCGGUUGACCGAGGACUCUCAACGAGGAACGGAACACUGGUCUGCGUAAUUCAUUUCCGCGGGAGCAGAGAAAUCUCUAUCGGAUCGGAUCGCUGUUCUUCUCGGGGGAAGCUUCCGUGGUCGGAGAUGAAGUUCGGAGGAUCGGCGCGGACCUCGUCAUCCUGAACGACAAACUGCAGAGGCGUCACACGACGCCUCAUUUGCUGGCCGCGGCGGGCCCCAGGAUGAGUCCGAAGGGGCCCAGCCAGGAGGGCCCGAAGAUGGAGGUGCGGGUGUUCUGCGUGCCGACACCCGGCGCCGAGCCUCAAGGGAUCAGAGUCAAGAUCCCGGAGCCGAAGAAGCGGCCCAUGAGCCCACCGAUCCUGGAGACCAUGCGCGCCAGGUGUCCCUCGGCCUCUGAAAAAGAUUACUAUAGAAAAACCUCGUCUCUGGACCGUCGGGACCGGUACCCCACGCUAUCCGGCGCUGAGAUCAAAAGGGGCCUGAUUCCUGGCUCCGUCGAGUUGCCGAGGGGCAAGAGGAACCCCAUGCUCGACAGGAAGAACCGAUUCCCAACGAUUUCCGGCGCGGAACUGAAACGGGGCCUCGCGAUCGGCAAGUGCCCUUUGGAGGAGGGCCUGGACCUCAGCUUGGCACCCUGGCCUGGCAUGAAGUGGGCCUGCGUCAGGGUCCUGCACCUGUACUGCAAGGUCUUUGGACAGUUCGAGCUGUUCGAGCUGAUUGUUAGGAAGAACUGCACGAGCUGCAAGUGUCCAAGGGAGGCCCACGACGUGUGUCACGAGGAAUGGGUGUCGGUCAGGUCUCGUCUAGGUCUGAAAGGCGAGGAAUCCUCUUCGCCGGUCGGCUUCGAUCCCCGAGCGAAGGGUCUCGCUUGGGCUCCUCCCGGCCUGCCAGCUCACAAGGUGGACGAGUAUUUCGCAAUGCUGCCAGAGAUCUCUGUACCCAGGCUGGGCACGCCCGGCGAGCGGUACAGGGACCGACAAUUGGCGAUCCAGCUGCCUAAGCAGGACUUAGCCAGAACCUAUUGCCGGCACUUGAACCCGAAACACGCCAGCAGCGCUGACGACUUCAUGGCCGCGAGGAACGAGAUCGCCCUCGACAUAGGGAACGUGCAAGAAGUCCUCGAAAGGGAUCUCCAUUGCGGUGCCUGUCUCUCGCCCCUCAAAUACGGCAGUCUGGCCGUGUCCACGAGUAAGCUGGGUCUUCUCUAUCAUCCGGCUUGCUUCCAGUGCACGGAAUGCAAGGAACUGCUGGUCGACCUCGCGUACUGUGUCCACGACGACACCUUGUUCUGCGAAAGGCAUUACGCGGAACAGCUGAAGCCCAGGUGCGCAGCAUGCGACGAGUUGAUUUUCAGUGGCGAGUACACGAAGGCGAUGAACAAGGACUGGCACAGCGGUCAUUUCUGCUGCUGGCAGUGCGACGAGUCUCUGACCGGGCAGCGCUACGUUCUCAGAGACGAGCACCCCUACUGCAUCAAGUGCUACGAGAGCGUUUUCGCCAACAGCUGCGAGGAGUGCAACAAAAUCAUCGGUAUCGACUCGAAGGAUCUGUCGUACAAGGACAAGCACUGGCACGAGGCUUGCUUCCUCUGCAACAGGUGCAGGGUGUCCUUGGUGGACAAACAGUUCGGUAGCAAGGUGGACAAGAUCUACUGCGGCAACUGCUACGACGCCCAAUUCGCCAGCCGCUGCGAUGGAUGCGGAGAGAUCUUCCGUGCUGGUACGAAGAAGAUGGAGUACAAGACGAGACAGUGGCACGAGAAGUGCUUCUGCUGCGUGGUCUGCAAGAACCCGAUUGGUACGAAGAGCUUCAUCCCGCGGGAGCAGGAGAUCUACUGUGCCGGUUGCUACGAGGACAAGUUCGCCACGCGAUGCGUCAAGUGCAACAAGAUCAUCACUAGCGGCGGCGUGACGUACAAGAACGAGCCGUGGCACAGAGACUGCUUCACCUGCAGCAACUGCAACAAUUCCCUGGCUGGCCAGCGAUUCACUUCCCGCGACGACAAGCCCUACUGCGCCGAUUGCUUCGGCGAGCUGUUCGCCAAGAGAUGCACCGCAUGCUCCAAACCGAUCACUGGCAUCGGCGGCACUCGCUUCAUCUCUUUCGAGGACAGGCACUGGCAUAACGACUGUUUCAUCUGCGCGGGCUGCAAAACCUCGCUGGUCGGCCGUGGUUUCAUCACCGACCACGAAGACAUCAUCUGCCCGGAGUGCGCCAAGAUGAAGCUGAUGUAAGCGGGCCAGAAUUUCUUGGCGUCGGUCGAUAGGAACGAAGAACGAAGAGCGGAGAAGAAGCACGACCGAUUAUCGAUAACUACCCUCGCCCCGCGAUCAUCCCCUGGAACGAGAACCACGCUUCGUUUCCCGAAAACGCGAUCGAGAGGAGCCACGGUGGAGUCCAACCGCGGGAAGCUUCGUUCAAAAUCGUUCACCGUUCUCGAAACCAGGGAGAACCCACGAUCAAAAUUACCGUGUUCCUUCCCCCUCCCCAUCCUCGGCCAUUCACUCUCGAGAAACGAAGGUGUAUUAUGUAUAUGCACGUGCCUCUAACAACCACCGCCGAGAACGCGGUACUUUUCGUCGACACCCCGAACCCUCUGGGACGAUCAGCCCGCGACGAUUGCCUCGCGGGGACGUUUCCCAGCCACGUAGUUCUAGAGAGACCGUAGUCGUUCGAGAUCUCGACUCCUUCGUCAUCGUGGUGACCGUCGGUGACCGACGGUGCUUCGGUGAGGAAGAACGAGGUGAUGGCUCGAUAAGAACCGAGAAUCAAACCGCCUUAAAUUGUAAAUGAAUCACUGUCGCCGAGUUGUUACGUCUAUGUUGAAUUAGAGAAAGAACGAAGCUACCGUACCCGUGCCGUCGUGAUUGUUAUAUUAUUAACGUUAUUGUUUUACUUUUCUUUCCUUUCGUUUCUCGUUUCUUUUCCUUUCGCUUUGUACAAUGGUAGAGAGUGGCGCGCCGGCGAGGAACGAUCGCGACCAACGCGGGGAAAAAAACGAAGAUGAAUCCUAUAUAUUCUUAUGGAAACUAAAUUUGAUAUACGUAUAACGAAUAAUGUUAUUUUUAUUUAACUUAAACUCACACACACGCGCGCAUACCACACGCGGAUAGAAUACAUGUGUACGCUGUUUACACGGGAGUGCGCGUCGUACGCGAGCCCGCCGGCUAUUUGUCACUCGCUCGGCGAUCAUGUACCGCGUACGAUGCGUGCCGCGAUCGUGCAACUUAAUAAACGAUUAACUGGAAGUGUGGGCUCGUGUGGACAGUUCUUAGCGAUGAUUCCAACCCGUUUCGUACCUCCGAGCGUUCUCCUGCGGGACCUGCGAUCGGUCGAGAUCGUCUUAAUCGUUCGGGAUCACGGCUGGAUCCCUGCGAGCCGAGAGCUUGUCUCUUGUGAUACCGAGAUCGAGAACUUCGAGAAUCCAGGCGUUCGAGUAACCGAUUCGCUUCCGGAACCUUGACCGAGCCCGGGUGACUCGGAAGAAUCGGAGGCGCGCGCGUUCUCUAUUUUCUCCGUGAGAAGUAAUCGCGACUCUGCACACGAACCCGAUAUUAUUUAUCCGAAAACGAUGGAGAGAUCGGAGAGGCGAAGCCUCCGACGCACCCGCGCACGCAUACCGGACGUGUGCGCGCACACGCACACGCGGAAGAAAACACUAUCUGUGGCCUUAUCCGCACGAGUACAUAGGAAUAACAAGUGUCUUCGCGACGCAACGAUCGUUACAUGGUACUCGAUGGAGAUUUAUUGCGUUACCGCCCGCGAAACGAAACUAGAACGCGCGAGAUAACGGGCGAACGAUAUCUCUGCAGAGACGAACCGUAGCGAAGUAUCGAGAGAAAGUGAGAUAGAGAGAAAGGGGGGGGGGUGAGAGAAAGAGAGAGAAUUAAUAGAUUAAAAGAAGAAUCGUUCGACGCGAACAAUAAAGGACCGUGAUCACCGAUGACCAAUAAAUUACACGUGCUAUAUUAUUGUAUGUUCUUACCGAUCACUCACAUACUAAUCGCCUUAAUUAGUAAAGGAUAAAGAGCAGAGAUUAUUCUAUAUUCAGCGUAUCGUAUACACUGUUAUUCUGUAAAAUUGAUAAACAAAUAAAUGUAAUUAUUUACACCGUC